AUGGUCAUUGUGCGCGAGUGCUCGCGCGGCGGCAAACACGCGCUGAUUGGACCACUCGCAGACGGGAGCCAGUACGGAUCGCGGCGCGGCAGCCUGCAGCACUCGUCGAUAAUCGGGCGCCACCCACGCGACCGCAUCACAACCAGCACCGACCACAAAUUCAUGGUCCAUCACCCGACCCUGGGCGAAUACGUGCUGCUGUGCUCGCGCAAAUGCACGCCCAUAUACCCAAAGGACGCCUCGGCAAUCAUCUCCAUGCUGGAUAUCUCGCCAGGCGACCGGAUCCUCGAGGCCGGCACCGGCAACGCCGGCCUGACAAUGUAUUUGGCCCGAGCAGUAGGUGUGGGUGGGAAGGUGGAGACGGUGGAGAGGGACGAGAAGCGCAGCCAGCAUGCACAGGGGAUUGUGGCGGGGUUCCGGGUCGGCUCUGUGGCCGACGUCGUCGAUGGGAUCGCGCACGAGCAUGACCCCUUGGUGGUUGUAAAUGACAAGCGCGCGAAUCUCAUCCUGCCUGCUCUGCCGAUGAUCUACUCGUAUCUGAAAACCGACCGCUAUGUCGUGUGCUACUUGCCCAGCAUGUCGCAGGUGAUGGAUCUGGAUAUUGUCGAGGUCGAUUGGCGCGACUGGGAUGUGCGGCUGGCGCGGGUGCGCAAUCCAGGACCGGAAAUGGCCGACGAUGAGGCGAUGGUAUGCCGACCGACGCACCUUCCCACUGGCCACACUGCGUUCCUAGUCAAGCUGCGCAAAUGCGCCUCCGAUCUUAUUGCCUCGUCAAUCGAAUAA